AUGUUGGGUUGGGCUCAUGCCAGUGGGUCCCUGUUGGAGCCCGCUCGACUGAGUUGCAAUGCCGCCUAUAGUGCUCCCUGUUCCCGCACCAACUCGGAAUGGCUGGCCAAGAGUAUCACACAAGACUUUGCAGAGAAAAGUCGCAACAACGAAACGACUCUGGAGGCACUUUUUCAGGAAAUUACGGAUCAAAACCACAAUAUGCGGGUCGGAUUUUAUCCCUUUGUCUUUCACAUGGAGAACGCAACCUGUGCGGCCCAUGGUGCGGUCCCUGAAUACGUUGGGAAGACCUUGCUUGGCGUCUUCUCUUAUGUCGGCAUUUCCUUCUCGGACCCGGUCGCUUUGAUGGAACGCUUUGUAGCAGCCGCAAAGAACGGGGGAGGAUGGGUGCGAUAUAUCUGGAGCAAUGGAGCUCAAGGUCAUGCAAAGUUAGCUUUUGUGACUCUCCUCACGGACGAAUAUUUCCUCGGGGUGGGCUACGAGAAUACUCCCCUUCCUAUUGACGUGCCAUGCUCAGCGAGUUUUGAUUCAUGGUGCAGUAUUGCCAAUGUUAGGUCUUUGCUGGGGAAAGCACAGACUCAAAUAUCGUUGGCUGAAUCGUUGCCUCAAUUUGAAGCUGCCGUUUACGAGUUGACCUUCAAUAAGGAUUAUCAGAUUCCAGGAGGAUUCUAUGUUUAUAUGUACGGCUACGAUGGAUGCCUCAAGAGCCAUGCCAUCCUAAACGAUUAUUUGGGAUCCACGUUUGCCGAUGUAAUUGUCGACAAGAAGCUAGGGACGGCUGAAGAAGCUUGGGAACUGCAUAAUCAAUUUGUUACGGCUGCAGAGGGAGCAAACACAGGCUGGGUGAGGUACCUUUGGAAGAACGCAGACGACAAGGUCUUCACCAAAGUGGCGUUCGUCAUCAAGAUCGACUUUCGGGGAAAGUGGUACUACCUCGGAUGUGGUUUUGAUUUUAACAGUCAAGCUAGCGCCAACCCCAUGACGAUGGCUCCGUCCUCGGGGCCAAUGCUGCCAAUGCCCGUGUCAGAGCCGAUGACGAGCUCCGUGCAAUCAAUGGUAGAGUCUUCGGCGCAGUCAAUGAUGGAUUCCUCCGGGACCGCUAUGGGUUUGUCAGUCCCCAUGUUUCCAGCGAAGCCUUGCUCGCAAAGCUACAACCUCCCGUGCUCCUUUCGAACGGCUUUGCAGCUUUCUAGUCAUGCCUUGGUCCAUGUGAUAUCAUCGCCAACCUCUGAGGAAGAGACUUGGAGGGCCAUCACGGAGGAUCCAAGGUUUCGAAGCAACGAUUUCUAUGUAUUUGUUUCUGAAUUUGACACUGCGAUCUGCAGGGCCCACGGUUUGGUUCCGGGAUACGUCGGAAUGACGACCUCUGAAAUUUUCGUCCAGAACAACAUCCCAGUAGACGGGAACGCCGUACACAACAAUUUCCAAAAAGCAGCGGAAAAUGGCAAUGGAUGGGUUCUUUAUGAUUGGAUUGUGCCAGGAGUAAAAGAUUCCAUCUUCCAAAAAGUGUCCUAUGUCUUCCAGAUCAAUCUGCACGGGAAACGUUAUUAUGGCGGAGUUGGCUUCAAUCAUCACCGUGCUCCACUGCAGGAGUUCAAGGAAAGUGGAACAACAAUGAACGGCGACCGCAUCCUCUGCACUCGGGAAUAUGGGAUGGCCUGCAGUGAUACCAACGUGCUUGCUCUGAUUGGGCAGGCAUCUGCGGAACUGACGCUGGCAGGAUCCGAUGCAAGAGUCACCCACGAUCGAGAGCAACAGAUUAGUCGAGUUGUUGACGAUAUUCUCAAGGCAAUCAACGACAAGGAUCCUGCUUUUAGUGUCAACGAUUUUUAUCUGAGUGUUUUCCACUUCAAUUCAUUCAUAUGCGAAGACGAUGGUUCUGGUUGCUGCGUUGCGCACGGUGCAGAUAGGAGUAUGGUAGGGAAAACCUGGCAACAGAUCUUGCGUAAGGACAGCAUCACGUCCAUCACGGGACAACAUCUUCACGAAAGGUUGAUUCAGAGUUGCAGCUCGGACUAUGGUUUUUUCGACUACCUCUAUUCGGAGACCACAGGAGAAGCGCGUACCAAGCGUGCGGUCGUGGCUAGUUUCCAAGAUGUGAUGGAUGAGGACUUAUACGUUGUCGCGGAGUACUUUUUGACCCCUCCACCUCCCACUUGUGACAACUGCCCCAACCACAUGGAAUGUACAGAAAGGUCACAAUCGUUUUGCAAGAUAAAGCGAAAGGAUACUUCGCACAGCCCCAUUCCGUGGAUUGUUGCUUUGUCUGUUCUGAUCGUGUCGAGUGCCCUGGGUUUCUACUAUUACAAGCGCCGAAACUGGAGGAAGCGGCAGAUUCUAGCAAAGAGAAUCAAGCAAAUGGAAGAGCAAAUGAAGGGGAUGGUCGAAAUCGUGCUCGACACUGGAACACAGCUCACAUCGGCUCAAGAUUACAAAGACAAGUUCGGUCUUGUGGGCGUUGGAAAGGCACCGUCCACCACCACCAAGCAGGUGAAAAUUGUUUGGUGUUGGAAAGAGAAUACGGCUUUUCUUCCAAGGCAUAAUCCAUCCUCGAUCAUCCCGGGAACGAGCUUCGUCAAGUACCAAGAGAGCAUUUCGGCCCAGAUUGAAGAAGCGUACAACUUCUGGAAAGACGGAAGAGGAUACAAGGAAGUUCGAGUCGACCUCACGGACAAGGUUCGGAAGAUCCAAAACCAAGCUUCUGGAGCAAAUUACGUCCUUGAUUUUGAAGAAAUGACGCAGCGUAAUCUUUGGAGCGAACACGUGCGUGAAAUUCGCCGACAAGAACACGUUGUUGAGGCAUUGCAGUCUGGAGUUGUAGAUCAUCUACCCCGUUUGCCGCGCAGCAUCGACUUCUUCGGUGCCGACGGGGAAGAUUUUCUGCCGACGUUCAAGGGACAAGUUAUUCAAGUCUCCAAAGAACACUGUGACAGACAGUGGCUCUACGGAAGUGUUCUGUAUGAUCCUCUCUUGGUAGAUGCUCAAAGCAAACCCCAUGGGAACCUCGCCACGGAAGGGCUGAAUAGGAUCUUGUCAGUGGCCUUGCACGACCGACCGACGUCAGGAUGGUUCCCUUCUGCCGUCUCUAGACCAGCUGACGUGAAUGUCAUGAAAAACCUACUGCAUUCGUUGGGCGGUGACGGUGUUUCUAAUCUGAAGGCACCCGCAACGUGGGAUGCGAACAAGGAGGGUUUGGUUCUUGUUGCCAAAAACACUGAAGAGUACCGUGCGGUAGAAGCCAACUUCUUAGCGGCACUUUACGACCAGGUGGAAUUCGUUACCGUUGUCGGGAUCGAGCGUAUCCAAUGCAUGCCACUGUGGCAGUCCUAUGCGGUCAAGAAAGAAACAAUGAAGUUGCGCGAUGCAAAAAGCCCUGAGAACAGAGACAACAACCAGGAUCCCAGUGUGGAACGGAAAUGGCUUUUCCAUGGUACUACAACGGCUGUCAUCCCCAAGAUCGUCAAGCAGGGGUUCAAUCGCGCCUUCGCUGGUCGUAACGCUGUCGCGUUUGGUAAGGGCGUGUAUUUUGCCCGUGAUGCGUCCUAUUCAAGCCACAGAGCCUACUCUACUCCGGAUUGGGACGGGACUCAACACAUAUUUAUGUGUCGAGUCGCUGUCGGUGACUGGUGCCAGGGCACCAAUGGCCAGCUGACACCAGAUCCCAAACCAAGGAACCCAUUGGAAUUGUUCGACUCCACUGUUGACAAUGUUCUCGACCCUUCGAUUUUCGUUGUGUACCACGACGCCCAGGCGUAUCCAGAUUACCUGGUUUCCUUCCAGCGAAGCGACUGA